CGUCAGAGAGCGAGCCUGCCAUAUGAAAGUGUAUGGGCAGUGGAUGUAAAUAAACCGUGUUUCAUACUUUUUGUACUCCCACUCCCUCUUCGUCCAAUACGGAGACAGCUUGGAUAAUGAUCUGGGGGAAAUAUAUUCCUCUGUAUUCAGCUCGGGCACAUCAAAUUAAAUAACGCAAAGGCCCGCCAGGAAAAAGACAGCAGAAAAAGGAAGGAGAGAGAGAGAGAGGGGUGAGGACCGGGAGCGCUUGAGAGCUCAUCGCCGGCUUCCGGACAUUCGGGGCGGCAUUAAAAUCGCGGACGUCCCAAAGCAAGUGCAAAUACUGGACUGAAAUAUCUGGAAGCGAUUGAAGAGGGGUUAAUUCGUUUCUGCGAUGUCCAGGAAAGUGCAAAGAAGCGAGGUGUGCGCCGACUGCAGUGCACCAGACCCAGGCUGGAGCAGUAUAAACCGAGGGGUUCUCAUCUGCGAUGAGUGCUGUUCUGUUCAUCGAAGUCUCGGCCGACAUAUCUCCAUUGUUAAACACCUUCGCCACAGUGGCUGGCCCCCAUCUUUACUGCAGAUGGUGCAGACUCUGGCCAGUAACGGUGCUAACUCAAUCUGGGAACACUCCCUGCUGGAUCCAGCGCAGGUUCAGAGCGGGCGGAGGAAACCAAACCCACAAGACAAAGUCCAUCCCACCAAGUCAGAUUUCAUUCGCGCAAAGUACCAGAUGUUAGCCUUCGUACACAAGCUGCCCUGCCGCGAUGAUGAUGGGGUCACUACAAAGGACCUCAGCAAGCAACUACACUCAAGUGUGCGGACGGGAAGUUUAGAGACGUGUUUACGGCUGCUGUCUCUGGGGGCGCAAGCCAACUUUUUUCACCCGGAGAAAGGAACGACCCCUCUGCACGUGGCAGCCAAGGCAGGGCAGGUGUUACAGGCCGAGCUGCUGGUGGUAUACGGGGCGGAUCCAGGAGCUCCCGAUAUCAACGGCCGCACACCUAUAGACUAUGCUCGGCAAGCAGGUCACGUGGAGCUCGCCGAGCGAUUGGUGGAAUGUCAGUAUGAGCUCACAGACAGACUGGCUUUUUACUUGUGCGGACGUCGCCCAGAUCACAAGAAUGGACAUUAUAUUAUUCCUCAGAUGGCAGACAGAGCUCGCCCUAAGUGCCCGACGCAGAGCCUGGACCUCUCUGAACUGGCCAAGGCAGCCAAGAAGAAGCUUCAAGCGUUAAAUAACCGCUUGUUCGAGGAGCUGGCUAUGGAUGUGUACGACGAAGUGGACCGUAGAGAGAACGAUGCAGUAUGGCUGACAACUCAGAACCACAGUACGCUUGUGACGGAACGGAGCGCCGUCCCCUUUUUACCCGUCAACCCUGAAUACUCAGCAACACGCAAUCAGGGACGACAAAAAUUAGCCCGUUUUAAUGCACGAGAAUUUGCAACCCUCAUCAUCGACAUCCUUAGUGACGCCAAGCGACGGCAACAUGGUAAAGGCCUGACAAGCCCAACAGACCCUCUGGAUCUGAGCCAGGCAGAUGAUGACCAGCACGAUUAUGACAGCGUAGCGUCUGAUGAGGACACGGACAGCGAGCUGACCGCACAGAAUAACAACAACACACAACGCAACAACCGGGCCAAGAGCAUGGAUUCGUCGGACCUGUCAGAUGGACCCAUCACACUACAAGAGUAUCUAGAGGUGAAGAAAGCCCUCGCCUCCUCUGAGGCCAAAGUUCAACAGCUAAUGAAGGUCAACAACAACCUGAGUGAAGAGCUACGGAGGCUUCAGAAGGAGAUCACGCGGAUGCAGACGGAGAACAGCGCGCUGCGGGGGGCCCAGGCCGGGACCAGGGGCUCUCUGACAGGGGGUGGUGGCCCAGUGCCGUGGCCUGGCGGGGUAAGGGGUACUGGAAGCGGCGGAGGGGGAGGAGGGCUUGCCGGAGACACCGGAUUGAACGUACCCUCUUCCGCCCCCCACCGCCGGGACAGACAAGCCUAUUCCAUGUAUGAGCCCGGGGGCACCACCCACAAAGCUCUCACCCCAGGCCUGGACCCCCUGACCGGGCGCCUGCAGCCUCUCAGCCCCACCGUGCGGAAGGGUGCACCCGCAGGGCCCACCCCAUAUGGAGGCCCGCACCUGUCUGCCUCCAUGGACGGACGAUACAAUCCUCCAAAAACGGUAGAGAAGUACGGAAGCGGCACUGACAGCGACUAUGACAACUCUCAAACGUAUGAUGUCUCUCUUGGUGUGGGUCGCAGCAGUGAAGAGGACAGCAGGGGAGAUGUGGAAGAGGGCGACGGUGACCCUGAUCCCACGCUGCCGUGCACGGAGGACGUCAUCCUGAAGACUGAACAGGUCACCAAGAACAUCCAAGAGCUUCUCAGAGCUGCACAGGAGUUUAAACACGACAGUUUUGUACCAUGCUCGGAAAAGAUCCACUUAGCUGUGACAGAAAUGGCGUCUCUCUUUCCAAAGAGGCCGGCACUGGAUGCCGUCCGCUCCUCUUUGAAGUUACUGGCAGCCAGCGCUUCCCGUCUCCAGGUCGAAUGCCGUAAAGCAGCACCCUCGGACUCCUCGGUAAGCACGGUGGACUACCAGCUCCUCACCCAGCAGGUCAUCCAGUGCGCUUAUGACAUCGCCAAAGCUGCCAAACAGCUGGUGACCAUCACCACCCGCGAAAAAAAACAGUGACCCACCCAGCACAUCAGGGGGCCACCGGGCAGGGGAAUAGACUGUGGACGAACACACAAACCGGCAGCUGCGAUUGGUGGUCAAGAUGAUGGAAUGAUGGAGAAAGUGAUGUGACAAUGAUGGAAAACGAAAGGCUGAAUGGACGAAAGUUCGAAUGGUUAAUAAAACGGUUGGUUGGUUUACCGAUAGACAACAAAGAAUUAUGGGUAACAGACAGGAAAGUCCAUGCAGCUGUGACCACCAGGAUGCAGAGAUGUUUGGGAGAAGCCAAAUGGAGCGACCUACAUUUUGUUACACUCCUGUUUAUCUUCUAUAUUUCAGGAGGGUUUUUUCUCAUCUACACAUCUAAAUACUGACUCGACACACUCAAAGUAGCACAUAGGCAGUAACAACCAAGCACUCAUACAGAGAACCAGAAAAUUCCUCCUCUCGUUUCAUUUUUUCUUCUCUUGACAAUUUUGUUCGAGUGCCGCUCCACUGGCAUGUUUCUCUCGGGACAAUCGUAUUUACAAAAACAAAAGCAAACAACACUGGAGUUAUUUUAUUGAUUAUGUUUUGUAUUAUUGUUACAAAUACCGAUGUCAUUUGAUGUUUUCGUUUGAAUUUAUGUUUAAUAAUCUAUUUUGUUUGUCAAAUGAAAGCAAUGCAAAGCUUUGACUACACGAACUAACCAGAACACUCCCGUCCUCCAGUGAGGAAACACUGGUUCGGUGUUUUUGAUGUAUACUAAAAAAAUUUUGUCGAUGUGCGUUGAAUACUAGCCAAAGGAGCAUAGGGCAGUGAUGCUACAGCUACCCUAAAUAUUCUUCUAGCACAAAGACAAUGGUUGUACUGGAGAUGCUCGCAAAGAUGAAAUCUUUGGCUCCUCAUCUCAAUUCCUACAAUAGUGGGUUUGUUAUCACUACAAUGCACAAUCACGACAAUUCUUCUUUGGCUUAUUUGUUUUUGGAAAAACAAGCUGAUUUAUCAAAGACCACCAUCCUAAGACAUCUCAUUUUUUAUUUUCUGCACACAUUCUUGACUUUUCAUCUAAUGGCCUUCUUCAUUAGCUUAGUAAUGCCUUUCAAAUUUGGAUUCUUCUGUUCAGGACCAGAUUGUUUUUUUUUUAUAUUUGAUGCCUCAGUCUUUAUCUUGUUUGUGAUUUUAAUCAAAUAGCAUAUAUGUAAUUUGUUUAUUAAUGUAAGAAGACCCUUAUUAUGUUCUAUAAGCUACAAGCAUGUGAAUGUUGAUGGUUGAAGAUGACCACUGUCAACGUUUUCAACACUAACAUUUCAUUUACAGUGACAGGGAAAACGACAGUCGCAUUAGGAAAGAUGGAGUUGAUGCAUCAAACUUAUGUGGCAAACUGGAGCUUCCAGAACGUACGCACACGUCGAUAAACAUUUUCGAUCAAAGUGAGGCUUGAUACCAUUUGUGUCUAAGCUUCAUCCAAUCAAGUAUUUGUUGUGCAGUUAUGUUGUAUUUUACAUUUCAUGCUAUGAGCCUUAACCCCCCACCCCGUCAGCCUUUAAUUUAAGCGAUUACUUUUAAUCUUGUUUUUUGUUUCAUUAACGUUUAUCUAUAUGGGGAACGGGAUGUUAUUUUCCCCAGAAAUGUGUCAAAAAGAUUGUCAGAAAAUCUAUGAUCGUUGCCUUUGCACAUCUGCUAGACUCUUAGUAUCGUCUGCUGUUUCUUUAUAUCACAGUAAUUAUGUGAAUGACUUCUCUUUUAUUCACACUAGAAGCACAUGGUGAGUAGAUGCAUAUUAUAGUAUUGCUAUAUUUUUCCAGUGUUUUUUUUUUUUUUGUACACUAAAUAUGUCAGGAUGGUCACUGGGUUUACUUUAUGAUAUUGGGAGAAAAACCUUUGGCUGUUUAUAAAUAAGCACUACGUUCGGAAAGUUAUCUGGGAGAGGGGCUCAUCGCGCACACACUAUUUAUCCAGCUCGAAAUCUGGUUGUUUGGGGUAAAUUAUAGACAUUCGUUCUGUUGCAAAUGCAUACAUUUCUCACGUAAUGCACAGAUGAAUUCAUUUUUUACUAAUGCACACACACACACGAACACCCCUCUGUGAUUCAGUCAUGCUAGUUGCACUGUACUUGUUAUGACUGUUUCUGUUUUACAGCUCUUAACGGGAGAGAUCUGACGAUGGGAGAAAUUUGUUUGGCAGACGCUACUUGUACAAAGAAAUAGAUGUUAAAUAAAAGACUAAGCAAAACCGUUUAAUGAUCAUAAAGACUCAUAAGCUGUACAUUUGUAAUAAAUAAAUGAAUUAAAUUG